AUCAACUGUUUUAGAGGGUAGCUGUAAGAAUAUAUAUGAUUCAAGCUUACAAGGUUCAGACAGCUAAUGCUAUGGUAGAAUAUCCUUCUAUCAAACAAAUCUCUUCGGCUAAAUGGCAUAUAACUGCAAUUGAAGUUCCUCGAGGACUGGUGUUUCUAGAUAUGUCAAACAAGCAAGAUAUUUGCAGAGACAUCAACCCCUCCAAUAUACAGCAUGAUGGGGAUGUUAUGGAGACAAGUUUCCUACCUCAUACUCCCAGCAACUCCAGACCCGAGAACGCCAUGGAUGCCGGUGGCUUCACAGAUUCGGAAGCCUCUCCUGUCUUACCCGUUUGCGUGAAGAAAGAUUCGGAAACAAAAAAGAGUCCACAGAGGAAGAGGCCUUUGAGAGCUAAAGAUUUAUUUAAGAAAGCAUUUUCGUGGUGGCACCAGAACACUUGCCACAUGAAAAAUAAAAAAGAGUCCAAAAGCAAUGUUUACCAUCACUUAUUGCUCAUCUCCCCAUUGUUGGCAUCUAUAACGCUCCACACAACCUUAAAGAUCCAAGGAUAGAGAGUGGAAAAAGCUAUGAAUACAAUUCCAGCAUAAAUGAUGCUGUCUGCCAGACUGGAAAUCAAUAUUAUUUCUAUUCAAACUGGUUGAUCAUUAUGUUUAAUUCCAUCGCCUUUUUCUUAUCGGUAGCAUUGCUGAUGAGACUCUUCAACGAGCUUCCACUCAGGCCAUUGUUACAAGUUUUUCAAUGGUUGGAGCUUGCCUGUGCACAGUAUUGGACCCUUUCAAGCCUCGCUCGUGCUCUCCUAGCCCCUAUUGAUAUUGUUGGAAUAGCACCCAGCGAAGCUCCUCUUUUGCUGUAGAAAUAAAAGUGUUCCAAUGCCUACAGGCAGGUAGAAAAUAUUAUCAAAUAUAUGUAAAAGUAUGAUAUAUAAAUCCGGGCAAAACCAACUCUGGUUCAAGCUCAGUUGG